UCUUGACUCUGAUCUCUUCUGUUUCCAGACCAGCCCUGUACCCUUACAUCUCCCAACCACGGGUAUAUACAUUCCAACCCCAUCCAUCCACCCUAUACCACUACCACCAACACCACCACCAUGUCCCCCAAACCCGACUCCCCCAAUACCAGUACCACCAACGACCCUCUCACCCUCCCCGAAGUAGAACACGCCGCCAAAGCCCGCCUCCCAUCGCACAUCUACGAAUUCUACGCCUCCGGAUCCGACCAACAAAAUGCCCUCGCCCGCAACGAAAAAGCCUUCGACCGCCUCUUCAUCCGCCCCCGGGUCCUACUCGACGUCUCCAAAAUCGACACCACCACCACAAUCCUAGGCCACAAAACCGCCCUCCCCAUCGGCAUCGCCCCAAGCGCCAUGCAGCGGCUCGCAGGCGGCGAAGGCGAAAUGGAUAUUGCAGCUGCAGCCGCAAAAAUGAAAUUGAAUAUGACGCUAUCUUCUCAAUCAACUACCUCGUUAGAGGAUGUUGCUGCGACCCGCAAGUAUAUGAAACCAGAGGCAGGGGGGUUAGCUCCCCCGCCGUUCUGGAUGCAGAUUUAUCUGUAUGAGGAUGUGAGGAAGAGUGUGGGGCUUAUUCGGAGGGCGGAAGCGGCGGGGUAUCAAUCCCUUGUUUUGACAGUUGACACGCCCGUAUUGGGUAAUCGGCUCGCGGAACGACGUACCGCGGUUGUGUUACCGGAGGGAAUGUCACUUCCUAAUCUGGUUGAUCCCUCAACAGCUACAUCAGCACCGAAAUCGAGAUCCCAACCAAGCAUAAACCGCCAACUAAUGAAUGCCCGCACCGCCCUCGAAGCGGAACAUCUGCGUCUCACCGCGGGAAACAAAAUGCAUAGCGCAAGUCUGACCUGGUCGACCACAAUCCCGUUUCUCCGGAGUGUGACGAAAAUGAAACUCAUUCUUAAGGGGAUAAUGACACCUGAGGAUGCAAAACUGGCUGUACAGCACGGUGUCGACGGAAUUAUUGUGUCGAAUCACGGCGGGAGACAGCUCGAUGCGACGUGUUCGACUAUCGAGGCGUUGCCGGAGAUAGUGGAUGCGGUGGGGGGAGCCAUUCCGGUGAUUUUGGAUGGUGGGGUGCGCUCGGGGGCGGAUGUGUUUAAGGCGUUGGCGUUGGGGCCGAUUUUGUGUUGAUUGGGAGGCCGGUGUUGUGGGGGUUGGCGGUUAAGGGGAGGGAGGGGGUGGAGUUGGUGAUGGAUAUUUUGGAGAGAGAGUUGAGUAGGACGAUG